GGACCGGGUCACACUCUGCGACGCAGAUAUCCCAGGAUCCCGCGCGGCGCCUCUUUCUUUUUCCGGCCUGCCAUUUUCUUUCCGGGGAGGGACAUAGGCAGCCAUGGCGCCCAGCCGGAAUGGCAUGAUCUUGAAGCCCCAUUUCCACAAAGACUGGCAAAGACGAGUGGCGACCUGGUUCAACCAGCCUGCCCGGAAGAUCCGCAGGAGGAAGGCCCGUCAGGCCAAGGCUCGUCGUAUUGCUCCGCGUCCAGUAUCUGGACCCAUCAGGCCCAUCGUGAGGUGUCCCACUGUGCGGUACCAUACGAAAGUGCGGGCUGGUCGAGGAUUCAGCUUGGAGGAGCUGAGAAUGGCGGGCAUCCACAAGAAAUUUGCCCGGACGAUCGGGAUCUCCGUGGACCCCAGGCGGCGCAACCGGUCCACGGAAGCCCUGCAGGCCAACGUGCAGCGGCUGAAGGAGUAUCGCUCCAAGCUCAUCCUCUUCCCCAGGAAGCCGUCGACCCCCAAGAAGGGGGACAGUUCCGCGGAGGAGCUCAAGAUGGCCACGCAGCUCACUGGACCAGUUAUGCCCAUCAGGAAUGUCUACAAGAAGGAGAAGGCCCGAGUUAUUUCCGAGGAGGAGAAGAACUUCAAAGCCUUUGCCAGCUUGCGCAUGGCCCGCGCCAACGCUCGGCUCUUCGGCAUCCGGGCUAAGCGAGCCAAGGAGGCAGCAGAACAGGAUGUGGAAAAGAAGAAAUAAACUGUUUGUUCAGGGCCUCUCAGUAAAGGAGGGUAAAUUUGGA